CAGUUGAGGAGGGUCGCAGAAGCUGGAGGUUGGUGGGGUUAUAUCAAACUCUAUGCCAUUUUCUUACCACAUCUCUGGCCAGCAAAGGAUCGGCGUAUGCAGCUAUUCCUUUUUGCCAUCGGACUCACCAUCAUUGCUGGACGAGCCUUUCACGUUCUGGUCCCACGUCAAUUGGGUAUUGUUGUGGACGCUCUCACAGCUUCCAGUGGAACGGGAAUCCUACCUUGGAAAGAAAUCGGCACACUCUUCAUAAUGGAUGCUUUCGCCGAUACAAUUCUUUAUACCAUCAAGGAGAGCGCUUCCUAUCGCUUUAGUCUGUGGUCAUGGCAACGGCUGAACAGUAUGGCUUUUGCGCAUGUCAUGAAUCUCUCAAUGGAGUUCCAUGACAGUAAGGACAGUGCAGAGGUUAUUAAAGCCGUCGAGCAAGCGAACUCGCUCAACAGAAUCGUACGGCUCGUCUUAUUUGAUGCUGGGCCUAUCGUCCUUGAUCUCGUUAUUGGUGUCGGCUACAUCACCAGCCUAUUUGACAUCUAUUUUGCAUUCCUGUUUCUGUUCACCGCGAUUCCAUUUUUCCUCGUCUCCUAUUUCGGGACCAAAAUAGGUCGUUCAUAUAGACGCAUUAAUCAAGACAAGUACAGGUUUCUCAGCAGGGCCCAGUAUCAGUCCAUCAGCAAUUGGUCGCUCGUAGCCUACUUCAAUAGAGCUUCCUUCGAGGAAAAGCGUCUCAAUACAGCCAUAAGCGAGUCAGCGAAAUCAAGCAUCGACUAUAACAACAUUUCAUUGGCUGUCAUCGCUGGUCAAGAAUUGACUCUAUACAUAUCCGAGAUGGCCAUGAUGUUACUGGCAGCAUAUCGUGUCGCUCAGGGAGUUAGACCAAUCGGAGCUUUCGUUACCAUCAGGGCAUUCUGGAGUAGACUGACAUAUCCCAUAUGGACUUUGGCACGAUUCUCACAGGACUUCUCAAAUCUUUUAGUCGACGCCGAGCGCAUGCUCCAACUUCUACAGACGAAACCUUCUGUAACUGACAAAGAUGAUGCUCAGGACUUACAAAUUACCAAUGGAGCCAUCACAUUCAAGGACGUCGAAUUCUUCUACGAUAAACGCAAAGAUACUGUCAAGAACAUCAAUUUCGACGUCGAGGGUGGUAAGACAGUAGCUUUGGUUGGCGAGACCGGAUCUGGCAAGUCGACACUGCUUAAGCUUCUGUUCCGUUUCUAUGACGUGACCGGCGGUAGCAUCGAAAUCGACGGCCAAGAUAUCCGGAAUGUGCGGCUCAAAAGCCUUCGAGAAGCGCUCGGAAAUGUUCCACAAUCUGGGUCUCUAUUCAAUGACACCAUAUUUGAAAACGUACGUUACGCGCGACUGGAUGCCACAGAAGAAGAAGUCCAAGAAGCGUGCAGGGCUGCAUGCAUUCAUGAGAAGAUUAUGAGCUUCCCUGACGGUUACAAGACCACAGUCGGUGAGCGUGGUGUCAAACUGUCUGGCGGAGAGCUUCAAAGAUUGUCGAUCGCUCGUGUCGUUCUUAAGAAUCCGCAGAUUGUUCUGCUUGACGAGGCGACCUCGGCUGUAGACUCAGGCACAGAGUCCCUGAUCCAGGAUGCCUUUGCGAAACUUACGAAAGGUCGAACAACCUUCGUAAUUGCUCAUCGCUUGUCGACAAUCAUGGACGCAGAUAUGAUUUUGGUCUUGGACAAAGGCGCCAUCGUCGAACGAGGGACUCAUGAGGAGUUGUUGGCCAAAAAUGGAACUUACCACAACCUAUGGGAGACACAAACCAAG